UCUCCAUGUUUAUUUUAAUUAUUGUGGUCUAGUUUUUCAGUCUUUAAUGAUCUUGGGAUCUAGGGGACAACACUCUCGGGAGUCAGUUCACAUAGAACUUAUACUUUGCACCUAGUACUGAGGCUUUGAGGGCUUUCUGCUGCCAUAAGUGACCACCUUGCUUUCUCCAUCUCGUAUUUUGGGAUCACUUUGAAAUACAAGGCUGCUUAUUCUGUGCUAAGUGUGGUAAGGGAAGCAGAUCACUUUGGGGACCAGCUAACAGCGAUUACCAGUCAGGGCUCCUCUAUCAGGGAGGAUCAUCUUCCUGCUGAUAGCCAUGAUGCCUCUAACUGCCAUGCCCGGUACGCGCUCCCUGAGCCCAGCUGCCUUGUCCCGCAGCCUGUCCCGUCUCAGGGAAUACCGUACACGCUCCCGCAUCAUGCUGUGCCUUGGGGUCUCACAGAUGGUGCUAGGAUGUCUCAUUGUGGCUGUCAGUUUCGCGGCUUUGGCUCUUACCACCUCGGCCAGGGUUAGGCAUUCGUGUCCCUUCUGGGCAGGCUUUUCGGUACUCUUGUCAGGAUUGAUUGGUGUUGUCGCUUGGAAACGACCCCUCUCACUUGUUAUAACCUUCUUCAUGCUGCUCUCUGCUGUGUGUGUCAUGUUGAACCUGGCUGGCUCCAUUCUCUCCUGUCAAAAUGCUCAACUGGUCAGUUCACUUGAAGGCUGUCAGCUGAUAAAUUUCAACAGUGAUGGAGUAUGUGUUUGCUGUGAAAUGCAGCAUCAGACAUCAGGCUGCAGUAAUCCUGGAGAAACUCUGAAACUCAACCCUUUACAAGAGUGCAGUGCUGUGAGGCUGACACUGAAGGACCUGUUGUUCAGCGUGUGUGCUCUGAAUAUCAUCUCUACCAUUGUCUGUGCUUUGGCAACUGCAAUGUGCUGCAUGCAGAUGGUUUCAUCUGAUGUUCUGCAAUUGUUUCUGCCACACAGAGGGCACUCUGCCAACAUGGAAUGUAUGAUGCCUCAUGGUACUAUUCUUCAUCAGAUGCUGGAUUUUGAUGAGUUUAUACCGCCUAUUCCACCUCCACCAUAUUACCCUCCUGAGUACACUUGCACACCUGUCAUGGAAGUACAAAGAGGGCUUCACUUGGAUUUUCCACACUCCCCCUUCAGCACUUUAUAUGAAGUCUCCAUUAAUAGCCCUGGGAUUUUGUAUCCAUCUGAGCUUCCUCCUCCUUAUGAAGCUGUCAUUGGACAAACCCCAGCCAGUCAGGGAACCUGCAUAGACCAGCAAGUGACAGAUUGUAGCCUGGGUGACAGGAAUACUACGGCAGGCUUCAGUACACAAGGGUCAGUUGACAGCACUUCCAUAAUGGUUUCUGAAGUGGUUGAUAUCCCAGCUCACAGUUGCUCAUCAGAAGAUCUAUGUUCACUCGAAGUGCAGGGAUCUUUGCGGUCUGCAGAUUUUUCCCCUUAUAGUACCAUACGUACUGCUGCCACAGGAAGUAGUUGCGCCAGUUUAGAACACAGCCUUCGUUGUGGCUUUCAUCCUAACAACUCACAAUGCUCUCCUGAUGAUGAUGUAAGUAGAGCAUCCACGGACCGCUCACAAUGGCACGACUGUGAAAAUUACACACAAUCCAGAUCCUUGGACUCAUCGACUGAGAACUUCAGUACAUCAGAAAGAGAAUCCCAGCUCCCUGUUAAAGAUAAAAAACUAUCUCAGUCUUUGAAACCUAUAAAAAUUUGCUGUGGUGUAUUCAGUCAACCACCUGGGCAGUGUCAACCAUCACCCAGUUCUCAACCCGCAAACCCAGCUCAGCAUUCAGGGCGUCUGGAAAAGACACUACAACACCACACCAGAAAAUAUAGACUUGCAAAUAUAGUCCGAUCUACUAGUGACCCUGUUUCCUGUUCCUCCAACACAGAAGCUCCCUCGUCCUGUCCUCGUAUGAAUGCCUCUGCCUGUCAAGAUGCUGUGAACCAUCAGAAAGACACAAGGAAAAGCAAUCAUCGAAUAAAACCAAAAGCAUUAAAAAACAUUUCUAAAGAAAGGCCAAACUCUUUAGUGGACCUAAAGACAUACAAAGACACAAAGAUUUUAGUGGCAAAGUUUUUAGAACAUUCUAGUUGCCACCUGUCUCCUGAAGUACAACACGUGGUCAACAGUAUUAAAUCUGUAAUCAAAUCAGAUGAAAGGCACAUGGAAGAAGCCAUCUUUAGUGCCAACAUCAUAGACCAGGUCAUUACCAGCACUCAGCAGAACAUGAAUAUUUCUAGAAAACGACUGCAAGAGGAUCUACAUCUUCGUAGUUGUGGUGCUCUGAGUUCUCCGGUAACCUUCUUACACAGGAUCCAUAUAACACGAGAUGUAGAUCAGGACAGACCACAUAGUUUAAUUGGAGUCUGCAGAGAAACCAUUCUCUGAUAACCAGUUUUAAAGAUUGCAUGAAGACUAAGGAAAUCAAUUGCAGCUAACAUUUUUGAUAUGUCACCAGCACCAGCUAAAUCAUGGUAUCUCCUUUUAGGACAUGUUCAUGCAUGGAACAACAGUCAAAAAGACCAUAAACAUGAAGAUGUCUCUGAAUGUAAUAGGUUUUGCAACAGCAAUGCAAGCUUUAUUUCUACACAAAAAAAGCCUUCAUAGAAAAAGACCUGGAAUUGAUACUUUUUUAUUUCUGAAAUAGAGAUUUAAAUAUUGCUGCCAUGUAGCUUCAUUAGACGUGUUUCAUCAUCUCAACAAUGAUCAGCACCUUCAAUGGAAUCCUGAGGAAGCCUCAGAACUGCACACAGUUUUCAACUAGAACUUUUCUGCUGCACCAAUCAUAGGUGUUCUAAGCUGCAAGGAAUCCACUUUCUCAAGAUGCAAGCUUUUCUACAACCCAUGUGUGGUAUUACUUGCUGUACCUCAAGUGUUUUCACAAAGUGUUUUAAUUAAAAAAGAAAUAAAAUGUACAAAAUCUGA